UCCACCAGCACAGUAUCUAAACUGAUAAUUUUCAUUGUGCUAGGCAUGGAGGUGGUGGGGGAGAGACCUUAUGCCUGUUUGAGAGAGUUGGGGGAUGGGUAGUGAAAACUAAGUGUUAAAUUGGUGUAUUGAAGUGUUUUCAUAUUCACAAACAAAUCUGGCAGUCUACAGUGGGUGAAUUUAUGGAAGGGGAGGAGGUUUGGGAAAAGUUUCAGAAGGGUUAGCCUUUGAGCUGAGCUUUCAAAAGAGUUUCUUCCAAAUCACCAAAGAAGUCUUGAGGUAAUGUUAAAGGGAAGAGGGAUAGAGGUGGGAGUAACCUGAACAGCUAUCAUCCCUUUUAUGACAUUACCUCUGUGACCUCCCCAACUGCUGCCUUACAGAAUUAGGUGUGCCCUCCUCUGGGGCACAUGGCUAUGUUCUAGCUUUGCAGUAAAUGUUAAAGAUGCUCAUGGUGAAGCUGGAUUUUCACUAGAGUAUGGCAGCUGCUCACACAACCCUCACAGGACAGCAUUGCCAAGGUGAGCCAGCCAUUUCUCACAGAUCCAUCUCCCAGGGUCCAGAGCCCCUAAAACCAGGUUUGAGGCUGAGGAGAAAGAACAGACUGGAUGGUCACCAACAGCCUGCCACCUUCUGGGGGCAUUCCUUUUGGGAAGCCCAGUCUCCAACCAAGGGAGGUUGGGAAGAGUGAUCUCAGGUUGAGGUUGGCUGGACAGUGAGGUUGAGGAUCCACCUUCAUUGUACUGGCAGAUCUGCCCCGUAGUUAACAAAGCUGGGUUCUUAGACCCGAGUACUCUUACUUGGACUCUGCUUGAAUGAGCACUGCUGGAGUUUGUACCUCAAAUUGCUCCUUUGGUACUUUUGUGCCUAAUAGGUAACCCAUCUGAGUGAUAAUGUGUACUUACGUUAAAUAAGAGUGGGGUUUUGGAGUCAGACCUGAAUUCCAUUGCUGGCUGUCCUGUAUGAUUUUAGGCGAAUUAACAUUUUGGAGCCUUAUUUAUGUCACCUGUGACUUUGGAAGAUCAUACUUUGCCACAACCUCCAAAAAGGUUAUUAAGUCUUUGCAGUCUGGAGGGCUGUGGCUGUUACAUUUUUUCUGUGGUUGACUCAAACAAUAAUCUGUUUUCCUAUUUCUGAGUUGGUAGUGUGGGGUGGGGGCAAGGGGGAGAUUGUGCUGCACUCUGUACUUUCCCAUUGUUUCCCCCAUAUACUGCCCAGGCUUUCAGAUCAAUCCCCAAGGACCUUACCCUAGGCCCAUCCGCCUUGCUCUGUAGAUCUGAUCCAGUUUCACUAGGCUCCAGCCACACUGGUUGCCUUUUAGUUCCCAGGGAAGGUUCUUACCCUCCUCAGGGCUGUUGCUGAGACUUUCUUCUCCCUGGAAUACUAUUCCUUUUCUCUUCCCUAGCCAACUCCUGACCUCCUUUGCGUUGUGUAGUCUUCAGCUUAAAUGUCACCUCUUCAGAGAGGACGUCUUUGCCUUCUCUAAACUUUAUCCCCUUCCUGGUUUCAGUUUACUGCUUGUUGAUUGCCCUUAUCAUACCUACAGCUGUUUUAUUUCUUUGUUGCUUGCUAUUUUGUUUUCCCUCCACUGGGCUGUAACCCCCAUGAGGUCAGGGGUCACCUCUAGUUUCUUCUUCCAGUCUCCAGCACCUAGCUUGCUGCCUGCAUAUCACGGUUGCUCUCUAUAAAUACUGUGGAAUGACCCAAACCACAGGAACCAUGACCCUGAAGUUAACUGGCAGUGCGGUACUCUGUGCUUCCACCUUCGGUGAGGUCCGUAUUUUAGCCCGCUGGAGGGAGUCCGCAACCCACUACCUGAGCCCUGAUUGUGCCCAGGGAAUGGUUUCCACGGCGACAGCAAACAGAGGGCGGGGCCUCGGAACUGAGGGCUUCUCUCCAGCCUCCGCUGGGCCCUCCCCUGAGUACAGGCGGUGUGCAGAGGGGAGGCGGGCUCUCGAGCGCCGGGACAGCGCUUGCCAUGAGCGGCGCAUGCAGGGCCCCGGCGCCUCCCUGCUUCUGAGCGUGGGGGAGCUGGGGGCCGCGCCCCGGGGUUCUGCUGCCUGGUUCUGCCGGGAGGGCGGCCCGGUGUGCAGCUGGCGGCGGAAGCCGCAGCCUACGGAGUCACGCACCAGAACCUCCGCCCCAUGGCCGUGUGCGCACCAUACCGAGUUCCAGCCUCCCGAGAAGCUGCCGGGACCUGGGCCUGCCUCCGCCCGUCCCGAGGGGGCUCGCGCAGGCCGCAAACGCGGGGCCGGGAGCCCCAACGCUGCGCGCGGCCUAAGCCGCGCGUUCGAGUUGCCGGCCUACGGCAUCCACGCGCAGAGCACCGCGGAUCUCUGCCGUUUCAGGUCCCCGCACACCUCGGCCCUGGAUGAUGCCCAGUCACAGGAAGAUGAGGCCCGUUGCGGCCUGCCCAUCCUGGUCGGAGGUGGUGGAGAGGACGAGACGACUUGGGGUUCCCUUGUCCUCUGGCGAGGAUUCUCCAAGGCGUCUCACCACAUGGGCCGGCUCAGAAACGCCAGGAUCCACGUGGAGAGAGCUGUCAAGCAGAAGAAGAUCUUUAUGAUCCAAGGCCGCUACCCAGUGAUACGGUGCCUCUUGCGCCGGAGAGGCUGGGUGGAGAAGAAGAUGGUCCAUCACUCAGGCACCACCCUGCCGCCACCCCAGAAGGAUCUGGAUAGCUCAGUAAUGGGUGAUAGUGACACCACUGAGGGUGAGGAUGAAGACGAGGACGAGGCGUUUCGGCCACCACAGCUGUUUGACUUUGAUGAUUUACUGGAAUUUGAUGAUCUAGAUGGGACACAUGCUCUGAUGUCCCGCAUGGUUCGGAACGAGAUCCCCUAUUUCAUCUGGACCACUCGGCGGGACGUGUUGGACUGUCAAAUCCUCUCCAAGGAUCAGAUGAUAAACCACUAUGCCCGGGCUGGCUCCUUUACCACAAAGGUGGGUCUGUGUCUCAAUCUCCGGAAUUUGCCGUGGUUUGAUGAGGCUGAUGCUGACUCCUUCUUUCCACGCUGCUACCGCCUGGGUGCUGAGGAUGACAAAAAGGCCUUCAUAGAGGACUUCUGGCUGACAGCUGCCCGCAACGUUCUCAAGCUGGUGGUGAAGUCCGAAUGGAAGUCGUUCUCUAUCCAGGCAGAAGAGGAAGAGGCCCCAGGAGACAAGCAGCCCAAGAAACAGGAGAAAAAGGCAGCGACAGUGUCCCCAGAGUUUGUGGAUGAGGCUUUGUGUGCCUGUGAGGAGCACCUUAGCAACCUGGCUCACAUGGACAUCGACAAGGGCCUGGAGACGCCACUGUACCUCAGCCCUGAGGGCUGGUCCCUCUUCCUCCAGCGCUACUACCAAGUGGUCCACGAGGGGGCAGAGCUCAGGCACCUCGACACUCAGAUCCAGCGCUGUGAGGACAUCCUGCAGCAGCUGCGGGCCGUGGUGCCGCAGAUAGACAUGGAAGGAGAUCGCAACGUCUGGAUCGUGAAGCCGGGAGCCAAGUCCCGAGGACGAGGCAUCAUGUGUAUGGACCACUUGGAGGAGAUGCUGAAGCUGGUAGACGGCAACCCCAUGAUGAUGAAGGACGGCAAGUGGGUGGUACAGAAGUAUAUUGAGCGUCCCCUGCUCAUCUUUGGCACCAAGUUUGACCUGAGACAGUGGUUCCUGGUGACUGACUGGAACCCACUUACCGUGUGGUUCUACCGUGACAGCUACAUCCGCUUCUCAACACAGCCCUUCUCCUUGAAGAACCUGGACAACUCAGUGCACCUGUGCAACAACUCCAUCCAGAAGCACCUGGAGAAUUCAUGCCAUCGACACCCGCUGCUGCCCUCAGACAACAUGUGGUCAAGCCAGAAGUUCCAGGCCCACCUGCAGGAGAUGGGGGCCCCAAACGCUUGGUCCACCAUCAUCGUGCCUGGCAUGAAGGCUGCUGUGAUCCAUGCCCUAAAGACCUCCCAGGACACUGUGCAGUGCCGGAAGGCCAGCUUCGAGCUUUACGGUGCUGACUUUGUGUUUGGUGAGGACUUCCAGCCCUGGCUCAUUGAGAUCAAUGCCAGCCCCACCAUGGCCCCCUCCACGGCUGUCACCGCCCGGCUCUGUGCAGGUGUGCAAGCUGACACCCUGCGUGUGGUUAUUGACCGGCGGCUAGACCGCAACUGCGACACGGGAGCCUUCGAGCUCAUCUACAAGCAGCCUGCCGUGGAGGUACCCCAGUAUGUGGGUAUCCGACUCCUAGUAGAGGGCUCCACCAUCAAGAAGCCCCUGGCAAUGUGUCACCGGCGGAUGGGGGUCUGCCCAGCACUCCCUCACCUGCUGACCCAGCGAGCCUCUGGGGAAGGCAAGGAUUUGGGGACUGUUACUCACAGGUCAGCUCCUAGGAAGGUUGCUGGAGCCAGGAGCCUGGGGCACACUGAGAAGCCAGACUCCACUGCCACCACCUUGGCCCCCGGAAAGGGGAAGAAAGGCAAGGCAAAAUGUGCCUCGGCCCUGGUCUACCCCAAUCUCCGGAAGCGGGAACCCCCCAGCACCAGGAUGGGCUGCAUUUUCACCAUGACCUUUGCUAGUGGGGACAGGCAACCCCACCCCUUGAACAGAUUGCCAUUGAGUCUGAAGAACCCCCAAGCCCUGGCCCCUUACCACUUCCCCAGCCUUCACACCAAGGCCGGGCUGCCUUCUCAUGUGCUCCGAUCCCAGGGGCGGGUCCUCAGACUGCAGCACAGCAAGUUGGUGGGCUCUAAGGCCCUGUCAACCACAGGCAAGGCCUUGAUGACUCUACCUACCGCCAAGGUUUUGAUUUCCUUUCCACCUAACCCUGAGCUCAAGUUGGCAUCCAGCGUCCUGAAACCAAGAAAGGUGGGCCUUGAGCCGUGACUCACACCCUGGUGGGCAGUGCUGAAUACUGGGGUCAGGGCUGGAGGGCACAGGCAAGGGCAGCUCCCUGACUAGCUGGAGCCCCAAGGGAAGGGCUUUUUUCCUCAGAACCCCCUUCCUGAACAGAUUUCCUGAUCAUCUCUUCCUCCCUCUUCCCCCCUUUCACACCGAGGCUGUUGCUCCCCAGCACCUUCGUGAUCCCUGUCCUGGAAGUUCCUUGUGGCCUCUACCCUUCGAAGUUGGAAAUCUUCCUAGCACCCACAGAAAGAUCAAGGCCAAAGGCAAGUUCAAGGCCAGACUCUGUGACAGACCCAAGGCUGAGACAUGCCUCAUGAAGACAGCCUUCCAGGACCCCUGUCCUUGAUCAGUGCAUACCAGGGUCUAGGGAGCAUGGGGGACGUGAGGCUACAGAAGCCCUUGCUUUGAUCCUCACUGCCCCUAUCCUGGAUGCAGUGCCAAAUAAAAAGGAGCAAGUGAAGUAUCCUGGGCUUGGCUCCAUUCCUAUUGGAGGUUGAAGAGAGGGUAGGCUAAGGCCCUGUACCCCAAGGUCCAGAGUGAGAGCUACAGGCCAUCAGCAACCUUCCACAAAGCAAGGGCCAGAAUUCCCUCACUAGCGACAGAUAUGGGGCUUCCUAUUCUGGGACUCCCUGACAUCUCUGACCUUUGGAUGGGGGGAUAAGCCUCACUUUAUAGAUGAGGAAACUUAUAGAUGAAUCUGAAUGAGAGACAUGGCUUGCCCAAGAUCAUAUGGCAGUGAGAAAACUAGGACACACUGCCAGACUGCUCACCACUGGGAGAUCCCCAGUCUCCAAGCCCAGGGGAGAAGCUGGGCUAGCAGCAGAGUGACAUCUAAGGGUGUUAGAUUUAUAACGUAAGAUGAAAGAAGGAUGAACCUUGCCUAAACCCAGCCCUUCUCCAGAGGGAGUGGGUCUGUCCCUUCCUUAGCAAGGGGCCAUGGUUGCCUAAAAAGGAAAUAUCAGUAGUAUUUUAGUAUUUCUUAGUUGUAGUGGGUUGAAUGGUAGUCUUCCCUGCACCCAAAGAUAUAUCUGCUAGGAAACUGUGAAUAACUUUAUUUGGAAAAAAAGCCUUUGUCAAUAUGAUUAAGUUAAAGAUCUUGAGAUGAGAGUACUCUGGAUUAUCCAGGUGGGCCCUAAAUCCAAUGACAAGUGUCUUUGUAAGAGUCAGAAGACACAGACACUGGAAGGCUGUGUGAAGAUGGAGGCAGGCUGGUGUGAUACAGCCACAAGUCAAGGCUUGGAGCCACCAGAAGCUGAAAGAGGAAAGGAAGGAUUCACCCCUAGAGGCGUCAGAGGGCACAGCCCUGUUGACAACUUGAUUUCAGACUGGCCUCCAGACAGAUCUAUGACAAAAUUGAUUUCUGUUGUUUUAAGCCACUUGGGUGUGGUAAUUUGUUAUAGCAGUCCUAGGAAACUAACAAGACUAGUCAAGUGGAGAUACAUAUACUCUGAUCCAGCAACUCUUGCAUAACCGAACCAGGAAAUGCAUACAAGUGAGUUUACACCACUGUUGUGCCAAUAGCCGAAUGACCUGUCUGUUAACAGUAGAAUGGAUAGACUGGUGUGGCCAUGCAGUGGAAUUCAAACCCACACCAUACAUCACAGAUGCAUUUCACAGCGUGGAAGAAGAACAAAUCACAAAAGAACAUACACAGCAUGACUCCAUUUAUGGAAACACCAAAGUCGGGCAAAACGAAGUGUAUUGUUUAGGGAUGCAUAUGUAUGUGGAAAACCUUAACAAGACAAGCAAGGGAAACUCCCAUGUCAGGAUAGGGUUUCCAACCUAGGAUGAACAAUAGAACCCCUUGGGGAACUUAAAAGAUUGAUGCCAGGAUCUCCGGCCCAGACUGCUUAAAUUGGUAUCUUUGGGGUGCAGAAUCACAGGGAGGGUACAGCGCUUUUUUAAAGCUUCCUGAGAGGGAGGAGGAGGGGGUUCUACUGUGGGACCAGGGUUGAGAACUACUGCCCUAAUAAGGAAUUAGAGGCAUGUUUCUGUUUCGUGCCCUGAGUGGUGGUUAUAUGGGUGUCACUUUGUAAUUCUUUAAAUCACAGAGAUGUUUAUGUACUCGUUGUAUGUUUGAUAUAUUUCAGUUUUUUACUAUAAAAGAUCUGAGAUCUUCAUUUCAAUAUGAAGUCCCCAGAGUAGUCAGAUUCAUAGGGACAAAGGAGAAUGGGGGCUACUAGCGGAUGGGAAGUCAGUGUUUAAUGGGGCAGAGCUUCAGUUCUGUAAGAUGAUGUGAUGAUUGCACAACAGUGUAAAUGUACCUAAUGCCACUGAACUGUUCACUUAAAAAUGGUUAAAAUGGUAAAUUUUGCUAUGUGUAUGUUAUCACAAUUAAAAAAACCAAACAUUUCCUCCCAGCUAGAAUUGGGACAGAAACAGCCAAAUAAAAAGACCACAUAUUGAACUCA